AUUUCAGGAGAGGAAAAUGGAGAGAAAAAUUUUGUCAGAAAUGAUUCAAAGUCGUCGCCAACACGAGGAGCAGGAAGGAGAUCCCUACAACCAGUAAGUUGCUUUGCCUCAAGUGCUGUAUAUUAACGUUUGGGGAAAAAACAUUUACAUCAGUGGGUCAUUUUAGACCGUGUAGACCACAUAGACUUAUCAUUUAGAAGAAAACUUCAGAUAGGUAGGGACACAACUACCUGAAAAGUACAAGGAGAACUUCGACGUUUUUAGCGAAAGCCCUUCGUCGGGAAGUUAGUAGCGAUGGUCCAGAAAAUUGCAUGAUCUUUUAUACUAGUGAAUGCAAAAGCGAUCACGUGACAGAAAAUAAGCCAAUCGAAUGGAUUUAGUCGAAACAAAGUGUAAACAAAAAAUGUAGAUCACAUUACAGAAUAUAUUAAAACCCUAAAACCCGUAAAUGUUCUCUCCCGAAUCAUUGUCGAAUGUUCACGAAAGACGGUGUCACUCCGACCUUUACGGUGACAUUUUUGCCGUUCUACGUUGUAGUGAUUGCCAUGAACAGCUUAGUAAGUUGAAAUGUAUCCUCUUUUGUGAUAAAAUGAUUUAAGUGAUGCGUUAAAUUAGGAUUUUUUACUGGCUUUUUGAGCAUGAAAGCCAUUUGAGGGUGUUCAUGCCAAUUUACGUGCAAACUGAUGACGUUAUUUGACUUGUUUUUAACAAUCGUUCAUAAUUGAUCGAUGUCGAUAAGAGCCGUCAUGUCAGCCUAGACCCAGGCCUUUACUCGGCUGGCUUUGGCAGGUUUGGUCAAUUUCGGGCUAGCAUUUGGUAAGUAUCGCCAUGGUAUCGCCUAGGUCCCAGUCUUCUCAUGUGAAAAAGCGCUGAAUAUUAAAAAAUAAUAAAAAUAGAAGGCCUAGGUCUUAGGCUGACGUCAGGUGACAUUAGUAUAGGAAAUUACAUGGUGCGAGAAGUAUUAAUGAAAAAUCGCACGCGUGUUUGGCGAAAUAUUUAUUAGUAUAGGUAAUCAUGCGUUGUUGCUCGUACAAUUAUGGAUUAAUAGUACUCGUGAUGUUUGGAAAUUUGCCAAAUUGGACUCGCUCGCCCCCAUUACUUGUUUAUUAUUAGCAUGAAAAAUUGGAUACUUCUCAAUGUUAACACCAUAUAUAUUCUCUCGCCAAAGCCCAGUCCUGCCAGACUUUCAACCAAAAUUUGGUGCUUUUGUCCGUAUUUUCAUUUAGUUCUUUUGUUAAAGCAACAUUUGGUGCUUUUGUUCGUAUUUUCAUCAAUAGUUCCUCUAGGGCAAUUUCAUUUCACGCAUGUGUUUAAAAUACCUUUCCGCCAUUUUAUUAGUUUUGGGAAAAUCACUGUACUCCUCUCAACCAAUCAGCAUCCAGUAAUUUUGUCAUGCUAAUAAUAAUUCUUAUAACAUAAAUAAGAACUUAUUGCAAAAUAAGAGCUCAGAAAAUAUCAAUUUUCACGUUGUUUGUUUAGAUUUUUUGUUUAAAUCUCUGCACUCGCGUGAGCGCGGAGUGCACGCGGGCUCGUGUUCGUGCCGAUUAAUCUUCAAUCGGCACACCUGUGCGAUUAGUGUUUAUUCGUUUAUUUAACCAAUCAGAAUCGAGUAAAUUGUCUAAAAUGAUGUUAAUACAGUACUCUGUAUAAAGUUGAAGCUUUACAUUCACUGCAUCGAAAGUUUACAUUACGUGCAAACAUUUUGUGAGACGCAGGUCAUCAUUGGUACAUAUAUGGUAUGUUCUGCGGUGUGCUGAUUAUCACAGCACUCAGCACAGAAAGCCUAUACUAUAGUCGCAGGCUAGCAUUGUCAUAAUACUUAGAGAAUGUUAUCAUCGAGUGUGUUGAAGAAUGACUAAUUUGUAUGUGUUUCAUCUUUUUUUAUUUUUAGCCCGAUAGAUCGCCAAAAUUUGAUCGUAAGGUUUCCCUAAAGGUAUGUUUUGUCUUAAUUUGUAGUACACGGCAAGCUCGGUAGACCCAUUGCACUUAUAUUGGCCCGUAGCAAAAUUUAUAUGCAUUGAAAACCACUGGAGUUCAUUACUGAGCUGGGCGGGCUGAUCGUCCGGAAUGACUGCGGUCAUGGUUAGGAUCGGGUUAAAGGUUAGGGUUCAAGAUUAUUACUGUUACAGUUUCAAAAACGUCUCAAAAUUUAUUCCGCACUCGUUCCUUGUGCGCACGAAUAUUCCUCCUUUUACACUCACCGCGUUCCGCGUUGUUUUCCAAAUGCCAUGUAUGAGCUCAUCCUAAGACUCGCUAGAAGUGGUCUGUAGCUAGGAAACGCUACGCAGUACUUGCAGUAGAUGCACUAAUAACGUAUGCCAUGGAAAAGGGCUUUACCCUCGAUAUCAGGGGUGGAAAAAGUAUCCGACCACUGAGCCAUUUUGUCCCAGAAAAUUUUUAAGUUGCCAGAAAAAUUUUGGAUGGAGAGAGAAAGAAUGAAAGAAGGAAAGAAAAAAUGAAUGAAAAAGAAACAAACGAACACACAAACAAAUAUUAAGUAAAUGGAGUAAGAAAAGGAUGAACUAAAUUGCAGUGCAAAUGUGAGAUCAACAAAGGCUUGAGAGCAAGGAUGCACAAGUUUGAUUACACAACUUUAAACAAUGUAAAUAAAUAAGUUCAUUUAGGUUGACUCGAUCAAGCAACUGUUUGCUUCGUUUUCUGUUCUUGCCCAGUUAGCCACAUGCCUGAAUAUUGGAAGGAAUAUUUUGUUCUGUCCCAGUGGUCAGAAGUCACUUUUUUCAGGCCUGUUCAUGCAGUAUGCUUUAUUUUCAGCUUUGAUAUGUAUCAAGAUAAGUCACGGUUCAAAAUUCUGCAAAACUGCAUACUUUUCGGAGUGAUAGAUUUCAGAAUAGUCGAAAACGUAAUGCUAUUGGACCUGAUCAAAAACGUUUCUGUGUUUGAUUUUUCGCUGUUAGACCGUACGUUUAGAUCCAGAGACAUACUGUAUGUCAAUACAUUAACAUCAUCCCGCCUUCAAUCCCUUUCCAGCAAAACGUGAUGUUGUAAACAGCCGCUUAGGACCGACUGAUCUUCGAAUAGCAUUUUACUUAUUUAGAUAGUUAAUCAUGCUCAUUCAGCCACGUGUUUUAACUUUUAAACCUAUUUUCCCACUCAGUUAAUAUUGAUUGAGUAUUUGUACUGAUGUAGGAAAUGAAGAAGAGUUACAAACAUGAAAAAAGACGUAUGGCAAAGAAAGUAACCAGCGCUUUGCUUGAUCCUGCUGUUAUAAUAUUGUCAUCCUGGUUAAAGGUCAGUCUCAAUAUUUUUUUGUUGUGCUGUUCGCCUGCGGCUGGUGUAUUUUUACGCUUUCCAAAAGCCUCGCAAUAUCCCGCGUGCAUGGAUGACGCUAUAUAUCCUGAACGGAAAACCGUUUGGUAUUCCCUUAAUAGUUGCACGCACUCUCCUUCCACAGAUAUGUCCGUUUACAAAAUCUUCAAGGGGCCGAUUACAGGGAGCACUUUCAAUCACCGGUCACCGGGGUUGAACUCAGCCCUGCUAACUGGGUUGAAAUUUUUUGUGAUGACAUGGACGUUUUCAACCCCGGGGUUGAAAUGCUAUACGUUCCCGACAUUGAUUCCCGGAAGUAAAAAAGUGGCUCCAUAGUCUCCAUUUUGUUUUCUUGUAAUAAAUAGUCACUACCACGCAUGCUCGAAUAAUUUCAGCCCUGGGUUGAAACGAUUACAUGAGAAAAUGUUCAACCCAGUGUUGAAAUUUCAACCCUACUAGCUGAAGCAGGGUUGAAAUUUCUACCCCGGGGUUGAACUCAGCCCUGGGUUGAAAAUUUUGUCAUGUAAUAGCGCGUGUGAUUUUGAUAGAGUUUUGUAUUACAGACAGGGCUGAAAUUUCAACCCGGUCAACAGGGCUGAGUUCAACCCCGGGGUUGAAAAUGCUCCAUGUAAUCGGCCCCUAAGUUCAAUUUUAACACCAAGUAUCAUUCAUCAAGGCGUAAGUUUCACAAGCCAUGUACAAUAUCCAAUACAACACGGCCGCUCAUGUUGUAAAUACAGUAUAGUACCUAUUAGUACACCUGUAUUAUGCACCAUGAAUAUAGUCCAGAUUAGAAUUUGUGUUGUAUUAUUCUCCCUGGCGAGUACAGUAUUGGUAUAAUUUAUGUACCUACGGUAUAAGCUCGUCAGAAUAACUAUUAACAAAAAGUACUUAAUUAUUUUAAACUAAACUAUAUUGCAAUUAUUUACAUAAUAUAAAAUAGAUAACAAGAAAAUAAAUCUGCUUUACAUGAUAUGAGUGGCGUGCUAAAGAUUAAAAAUUGUUAUAAUAGAGAAUAAAUCUGCUGCAUGCUGAGUGGGAAAUAUUCAGAUUUAUAUUCAGCCUUAAUUCUGCAGGGGGGGGGGGCUGUUCUAUGCCACCGCACCACUAUAACUGAAGGAAUUCUUUCAAAGUAGUUACAGUAUAGUGCGUGGAAAAGGAACUGCAAGCUUCCUCAAAGUGUUCCUUAGAGAAUAACUUGAAACACAACUGUAACUCUUCAAAUUGUCUACUUGUGUUUGUAUAUAGAUCAGAGGAACUUUAAAGAACUGGGCAAGAUUUUGGUGUUUAGUGAAACCUGGUGCCCUCAUCAUUUACAGAAAUGAUAAGGUAGGCCUGAAUAUUGAAUCGCUCGGGCUGUCAUGGAAAAUUCGCCAUCCAGUUAUAAUACAGUGGUUGGAACGUUCCAUUGGUUUUCAUUGUUUUGAAACACCCUUUGUUCUCCAUGCCAUCCAGUCCCUCUAUUAGCAUUUAUGGAAACGCCUAGUGUCAAGGGGUUAAUGAUGUUCAGCGACCAGAUUGCCAAAAGUAUAACAUCCAAUGUCCACUUUCAUUUUCCACUAGUUGUUACUCUUUACCAGUUUAUUCUGAGUCACAGAAUAAGACUGGGUGGUGCAAAAAAAAUGUUCCGCCUCUUUGACUUAUUUUAAUUAAAAAAACUAAAGAAGCCAUUUUAUUCAAAUAAAGUAUAUUGAACGCAGUAAUGUCUAACUUAAAUUUCGGUAGAAAAUAUAGAAGAUGUUUAGCCAGGAUUAAACAUAUUAAAAGAUUAGACGUUCUCUGACUAAAUAUUAUUUAUUAAUACGAGCUUUCGGCUACCAGUUUGUAGCCUUCGACGGGUGAUAGAUUAAUGACAAAAGGACGCUAUAACUAUAUUAACAAAUAAUAUACCUAAAAUACUGUUAUUAACUAUGCUAUAUAUGAACAUAAUAUCUCCACUACAUAUUAUAUUUCAUAUAUAUUUGUAGCAUAGUUAAUAAUAGUAUUUUAGGUAUAUCAUUUUACAUUUGAAAUGUUUUCUGUGUUGGUGUACUCAGGUGAAUAUGAUGCUUGUGAUGUUACUCUGAGUGUAUAUCGAUAUCGAAGGAACUAGACUCAGUUCCGAAAUAUCACAUACUCGAACCGACCAGACCGCGUAGCUCAGUUGGCAGAGCAUUGGGCUAGUAUUCCAAAGGUCGUAGGUUCGAUUCCCACCGUGGCCAGGCAUAUUUUUCAAGCUUGCCCGGUGUGGAUCACUCAGAGUAACAUCACAAGUAUCAUUUUACAUUUCUUAAUAUAGUUAUAGCGUCCUUUUGUCAUUAAUCUAUCACCCGUCGAAGGCUACAGACUGGUAGCCGAAAGCUCGUAUUAAUAAAUAAUAUUAGUCAGAGAACGUUUAAUCUUUUAAUUAAAUUUUGAUGUAUGCCUUGAACAUUUCCAUAGAAUAUUAGCCGAGAUAUAGCCGUUUAAACGGAAGAAGCGAAAAAUGGUAGAACCAUAAUGCAAAUUAAUAGACCAUUUUUCGCUUCUUCCAAAAACGCUACCUUGAGUGUAAACACCUAUAUCUCGGCUAAUAUUUUAUAGAAAUAUGCAAGGCAUAUACAUCAAAAUUUAAGUUAGACAUAACUACGUUCAAUACAUUUUAUUUGUAUAAGAUAGAUUUUUCAGUUUCUUAAUUACAAUGAGUCAAAGAGGGGGGGGGAGGGGGGGUGGAUUUUUUUGCGCCACCCGGAGACAUUUUGGUUUGUUCCGUACGUGAAUAGACCUUAUGCAUAAUGACAUCACAAGGCUUGAUGCCCGCCAGGAAUGCUGGUCUUGGUAGUCAUCGCCCGGGAAAAUGCAUGUCGAUACUGGAUUCUGGAAAAUUCGAUACUGGAAAAUUCAUGUCGAUACAUUUUGAAUUGUUUAAUUUUCCCGCGCGAUGACUACUAACACCAGCAUUCCUCGCGUGAUUAAGCCUUGUGAUGUCAUUAUGCAUAAGGUCUAUUGAAUAUCCCGAGUUGAGCAACCAAUCAAAUUUCGCGAAAAGCACUAUCCACCUCCUGAGUAUACGCGCUAAUGCGUAUUAGCUGAUUUACUGUGUUGAGGCAACGAGGACAGCCGGACAGGUUGCUUUGACCGCGAAAUUGUUUGAAAUUAAUUCCUUACAUUUUAAUAUGUUUGUCAGGAGGAGCAGUGGGUUGGUACCGUCAUUUUGAAUGGUUGCGAAGUCAUUGAACGGCCAUCAAAGAAGGAAGGAUUCUGUUUUAAAAUUUACCAUCCUUUACAAAAUUACAUUUGGGCUACAAAGGUGAGACCCAGGAAAAAACAUGAGCCGCUAUAGUGUGUCUGCAUGGAGUCGGCUGCACGACGGCAGGAUACCACGAUCUUCUUUUGAUACCACGUGGAUAUCCACGACCGUUGAUGGUAUAACCCAGAUUAUACAUUAGUAUUUAUAAGUUGAGGCAUUUUUUGUUUAUUUUUCGGGUCCAUAUUUUGUAGUUUUAAAGUUUUUCAAGUAUUUUUACAACGGCUGAAAAUAUCACUAUCCACUGGAUUGCGCUAUCCAACCUUCGUACAACCGACCCAUUUAUUUAUUUAUAAAAAUCUUUUAACACAGUAAUUAUUUCCACUAAUCAACCAUAAUAUUUUAACUGAAUAAAAUGAGAAACGUAAGUACAAGUGCAAGUAUAAUUUUUAUAACUCCUUGCGUUUUAAUCCUUGCAGGGUCCGCGAGGUGAAAUUGCAGGGGCUUUGGUUGGUAUUCCUUUACCAAAAGAUCACUUAAUUCUGAGAGCUGCUUCAGAAUCUGAUGGUGAGUAAUUUCUCUUAGCCAUCUAUAUACCGUAUAGUGAUUACCUCAUAUGAGAGAACUUGCGAUGCUUUCGUCUGAACUGCAGCAAUGUAGAAACAUACUGUACAUGCAUGGCUGUAGAAGUUAGGGAGGCAUGGAAAGACGCUACCACCAUAGUGUAAAGACCUGUAAAGGUUCAUUUCCACUCAAGAAAAUUUUCCACGGACAAAAAAUUUUCCGAAAAUGUCAUUGUUAAAAGGUGAAAAUUUUCAACUUCAAAAUUUUUUUCCGACGGAAAUUACAAUUAAACGUCGAUUGGCUGUUUAAAAUUAGAAUUGUAAACAUGCAAAAAUAUGUAGGCGUGGUUGUAGACGUUUUUGGGAGUGACGGCGAUACGAAUUUUUGAUGCGAUUCCACAGUUCCGUGAAUUUCGCAAUAACUCCAAAUUGAGAACUUCAAAACUAUAUAAAGAGUUACAGCCAACUGUAAAGUCACAUGAAGGCAGUAAAGCUGCCUUUCCAAACCUACCCAUGUAGAGUUACUGCUGUACAGUAGCUAACCAAUUCAAAAUCUAAGGUAUCUAAACCAUGGAGUUACUGUAGGCAUCUAAACCUGGAGUUACUGGCUAACAAUGUAAAAAAUCGUGUGCAGCUAGCUAUCUAAACCUGGAGUUAUCGGCUAUAACAACUCCAAAAAUUAUGGGGAUCUAGCCAUUAAUUCCAGGUGUAAGAUAACAGUUUUUUGAAUUGUUGCUAAAGGCUGCAUUUCAGUUGCGUUUUCUUUCGUACAUAUACUUACGGAAAAGUUCAAAUUAUUAAUGGUAAUAAAUGUUACUUGUGAUUUAAGGACUUGUGCUUUUAAUUUUCUGUUCGAUUUUAUGUUAUUUUCUGGGGUGAUUAUUACGGAUCUCACCGAACUGUGGCAUUGUAGCAAAAAUACAUAUCGCUCUCACUCCCACAAUUGUCUAUAACCACACCCACAUAUUUUUGCAUGUUUACAAUUCCGAUUUUUAACCGCCAAUCAACAUUUUAUAGAAAUUUUUACCAGGAACGGGAUUGGCUGUUUAAAAUUAGAAUUUCAAACUUUCAAAAAUAUGUAGGUGUGGCCAAGAUGUAUGUGGGAGUGACAGCGAUAUGAAUUUUUGCUACAGUGCCACAGUUCGGUGAAAUCCGUAUUAGCACUUAUAUAAACUUUAGAAAGAAAGUUUUCCGUGCCUAUGUACAAACGUAUGAAAAACGCCUUGCUGGAAUGCAGACUUAAGCUCCAUUCGAUCAUUGACCAUCUCCACAAAGUACAUUCUCCAGGAAUGGAGACACGAAGUUUCACAAUACGCAAUUCCAGCUUUUAGUUUAUGCGUGCAGGGGACGAUGGGAAGUAAGGUAUCAUAUUGCUGAUUAUGCUGAAAGAAAUAGAAAUGGUGGUCGUGUAAACACGGAGUGAUAGCUUAUACAGGGUGUUAGCCAGAAGUAAAAAAAAUCCGCGUUUACCUGAAAUUGAGAAAUUUAUUUUAGCCUAAAGCCGGGCAUUUCCUUGUGGGUCUGGGGGCAUGCGGUUGCCCCCUCUCGAUUUUUAAAAUUUCUGUGUCUUUGAAAUGGCAUUUCCCGCAUUUUGGGAGUAAUUUCGAGGAAAUGUAAUUGUAAACAUGUUUUUAAUGGCGUGUUAACAACAUUGAAUUUCUAUAACUAUUUUUUGGCUGACCCAAAUUGGGAAAUUGCGACCUCAAGGCAAUUGGGAAAACCGAGUUUAACGCGGAAUUUUUUACUGUAGCUAACACCCUGUUAUACUUGAAAGGUUCGGUUGUUUCGGCAGUUUUUAUUGAAAUUUUUCAGCAUAAUCAGCAAUAUGACUCCCGUCACCCCCUGCGCGCAUAAAUUAAAAGCUGGAAUUGCGUGUUGGUUCUGUGCACCUUGCUCUCCACUUUGUAAUCUUCGGCAGAUGUUAAUUGUUCAUUCUUACUACAGUACAUGUUCGAACCAUGUCAGACUCCUUUUUCUUAGCUUCUCAGUCAACUUACGUUGUUCUGUCCGUUCUCGCCUCAGUCAUUUGUGAGUAUGAAACGUGCGCUCCAUCCUUGCGAUUCCCAUUAAAAGAAAUUUUUUUUGGCCAUUGUCAAAUAUAUUUGAUGUGGAUGCAUUCAGAACAUGGACUAGUCAGUGCUUUAAAUGUUGCAGUAUGUCUAAUACGUCUAGUUUGUCAAUAUGUUAAGGUUAUUUAUUAUCUAAGUUUGUAUUUCUAACUGAUUAAUUUGUAAUUAUGGAGUUAAACCUUGAUUGCAGCUUGCUCUGUUGUUUAACUCCUUGUAUAAUGAUGUACGAAAGCUUAUUAAAACUAAAACAUUCUCUAUAAACAUAAUAGAGAACUUAAGCAAGCAACGUUUUUUCGACAUCACGAGAAGACUUCAGUUCAGUAAUUCUGCAAUGUUUUGAAUAAAGAUAUUGAAAUCUUCUUAUUUAAAUCUUCUUUUUGAUCAUUCUAGGCAAAUGUUGGUUGGAUGCUUUGGAAGUUUCACAUAAGCAGGCGUACAAUAUGCAUAGAGACAAUAAAGGAAUGUGAGUAGGCUGAUUUCUAGUACACUACCGCUCAGAAUGAAUACAAUGAAAACUCAGUUUGGGCACCUUCGAUUUUCCGACCUAAACGUCUUUUAUUUUCACUUUUGAUUCCCCAAUAAUAGUCUUGACUCGUACGCAAUCCGUUCUUAUAUCCUUCCAAUACGACAUAUUUUAUAAUUAUAGCAUUUGUAAAUUCUGAACGCUGAUUGGCUAAGAGCCGUGUUGACAUAAUUCAAUGUCAACACAGAAAAUUUCUUUCUUUAUAUUUCUUUGUGCUCUAUUAUAAAAACAAUAUAAAACAUUUUCCGUAUUGAUAUAGAGUUAUAUCACCGACUCGUGGAAAUUGAGAAAACUCGAAAUUGUGUGUUUCUGUUUUCGUUUUCCCAAUUUCCACUGGUGUUGAUAUAAUGGGCCAUUCCAAUUUAAUAUAGGCAGCCCCCUUUAUUGGGGGGUCUGGAUAUCCUAUGAGGGGAGGGGUUUUUUACCUUAAAUUUUCCUAGAGGGUAGCUUAAGAGAUUUUCCAAAAAAUAGCCAAAAUUGGGUGUUUUAGUGAAAACGAUAUCCUAAAGGGGGUAUAAAGAUAUCCAUGAGGUAACUUCCAAAAAUCGCAUCCAAGGGGGUUCUAAAUUGUUUAUAUCCUAAGGGGAUUAUGAAGGGACCCCUCAAUAGGAGGGGUGCCUAUAUUAAAUGGAAUGGCCCAAUGCAGAUAUCAACACGGAAAGAUGCUUCUCUAUUUACAGUAUUACUAUAGAAACUCAAGUUGUACAUGGGCUAUAUGAGCCAUCUUGAACCAUAAAAUUGUUUGCCUUUAGUAAUAUAACUGAAACAUUCUGUGCAUUGUAAAUUGUAGGGUGAGUGACCUUUAUGGUAAAUUGACUUCAUCUGAAGACCGAGAAGAGGAAACAGCGCAAGGUACAGUAAAGCAUACUGCUGCUUGUUUCGUAACGGCACUCUUCUGAGACACUCCAGUCAUUGUUUCAUGUAUAUAUGCAUCUUAUGAAACAUCACUCUCCGUAUACACGCAGGGCCACGAGAUUUAUCGCUGGUCUUUGACAUAUAUAACAAGACGUACACUAUAAAUCUUUUCACAUCUUAAAACAAUGACAAGAAAAUAGUGAGAACUAGGGGAUUUGUAACUACUAACUAAGGAACAAGUUGAAAUAAAACAGCAAUGCAAUCUUUUGCUUCAAAAUUUUUGCUGUUUUAAUUUUCUGAACCGCAUUUAUCGUCCACUUUUUUGAAGAAGAACCUUAAUCAUUGUUAAAUAAGUUCAGCUAUGGCCAGUGUUCCAUUAAGCAAAAGAACGUGGACAAAAAUAAUGAGCAUGCAGCGUGUAAUUCCAUCAAAUAUUAUUUGAUUUGUAGAAUGAUUUCUUCAUUCUGGACAACCUUUUUCACCGUGGCCACUUAAAAUAUUAUGAAAGUCCUGUACAUGACUGGAUUGUUUAGCAUGCAAUUCAACUAUUAUAUAACAUUGUCUAUAAAUCACGGCAAUAUUAUUGUCCUUUUGUAUGCAUUAAAUGAAAUUUUAGUCUAAAAUGAUGCCAUAAGGGCUCAUUUAUAUCAUUAUAUCCACACUGAAGGAAUAUUAAGUGGCAAUUUAUGAAAUCCAAAUAUGAAAUUUUCUGUGUAGCUCGUUAAGGAGCCAUAGCUGGUUUCCUGGUCAGUCAUAGCCUGCGAACAGGCUCUCAAGCUGAAUUGAGAGCCUGCAUCGAUGACUAAUGAAUUUGAAUAUCUGCGUCUCAAAUCGUGACGCGAAAUUCUCAUUGGUCAGAUGCUAUAAUUUAUAUUAUUCCGCUGAGCUCUAAAUAUGUCAACUGCUGAAGCACUAUGCACAAAAAACACAUUAACUGAUUAAAUUGGUCUUGGCCAUCUUAUCUCAAAGCACGAAAUGUUCUGUUUUGAGAAAACAGUAUUUAAAAAAUUUAAACUUAAUGCUUCAAUAUCUUAUAUUUCGAAAAACAGUAUAAACUGUACGGUCUAAAUUUAGUUUGCAUGGUCUAAAUUUAGUUUGCACGAAAGUUGUAAACAGCACCAUAUAAGGAUAGACAUUCCAUAUUUGGAAAAACGAACGUUACGGGGCAGAUAUUCAAAUUCAUUAGUCAUCGAUGCAGGCUCUCAAUUCAGCUUGAGAGCCUGUUCGCAGGCUAGUUCAGUCAGUGAUAUAGCAACACCUAUAUAAUUAGUCCUAUAAUUUUUGGAACACAACUUAGUUCUAGACGUUCUUGUGUUACAUAUUAGUUGAUAUUUUAUAAAUGAUAUGCUGUAGUUAUAAUUUUGUAAGUAUAUUAUUUUCCUUUUAUUCCAGCCAUUGGUCAUCUUGGCAAUGGUGAACGAGAUAUUGAUGAAAUGAGUAAUGACGCUAUGGUAGGUUAUUCUGAAGUACCAGGGUCGAGCAAAUAAAUAUUUUUGACUGUAAACCCUUAUAACGCUUAUCAUUAUAUAACCAACCGCUAAAUUAUAUUAUAAGACUUACAUGUAUGUAACCCAAUAACGCUAUAGUACAUCGAUCAUUGCCUGCAUAUUGUUUUAUCAUAUGACUUUCUGACAGGACAAAUCCGAUUCUGAAGACGAAAUUGUUGAGGAUCAAGAAAUUAAAGGUACAGUGAUAUGUAUGUAGCCACAAUAACUGAUUCGCCAGUAAGUAUAGGGAUAGAUUAGAUAAAAGAGCUUGGGAUUGAUAGGAAUGCAACUACCUGAAACAGGGUUCGUACAAAACUUGAAAGUCCUUGAAUGUCCUUGAAUUUGAAAACAAAAAUGCAAGGCCUUGAAUGUCCUUGAAUUCUUCUUGCUUUAGUUUUUGGAUAUUUUUUGAAAUUGUUUGACAUUCAAGAUAGACAUUUUGUUGAACUGAUUUUGCAUGUUCAUAUCUGACCUCAUUAUAAAGUUACGUUUUGAACAAUUCAACGUCUGAUUUUGCUGAUUUCUAACGCCUUCUCUUCAGUAUAUAUUUAGUCCUUGAAUUUGCUGAUAUAUGGCCUUGAAUGUCCUUGAAAAGUCCUUGAAUUUGACUCUUCCUGACAUGUACGAACCCUGCUGAAAAAUAACAAGGAGAACUUCGACGUUUCGAGCGAAGGCCGUAUCUUUCCGACGAAGGCAACUGACUUCGAAACAUCGAAGUUCUCCUUGUAUUUUUCAGGUGGUUGAAUCCUUAUUCAAUCCGAACUUUUCUUAUUAUUCGCACUACCUACACUAGCACUGACCGUUGUAGAUUAGGUAACGAAUUCCGAUAUUUAUACUUUGAAUUAUAGGGGUUUUUUACACUCUGGCAAGAUAAGAAUCGACUAUGUAUAGUCAGUAAUUCUGCAAUGAUGUGACAGAGUACUGAUAUAUUCGGACUGUAAAAAGGAACCAAAGUUUUGUAAGUUAGGUACUGGUUUUUCCCUAGAUGAAGGUGAUGAUGGACCGCUUAUUGAAUCAACAUACAUGGAAGAAAAUGAACCUGAAUAUCUUGGGGAGGUAAGAAAAGAAGAAUGGUGGGUGGGGGGGGGAGGUUCCUCCCCCCUCAAAUCCAUUCUUUUAUUUGAAACGUUUCCCGGUUGGGCUCAAAUGAGGUUACGAACAGGCCCUCCUAUUCUGGAUCUAGAGUAAACUAAGCCCAUAAAAUGGCCGCUAGCAUGAAUUGGAUCCCUGAUGUGGCAUUAACCAUUAAAUUUUCCCAACUAUUAAUAUUUUUCUCAUCCGUAUUAAGUCAGGGGAGGCGACCGAGGAUAUGGAAGAUGAGGGGAAGAGUAUUUUAUGGAGUCUGAUGAAACAGGUAUAGUCAUUUCAUCUUUUUUGUGCAGCAUGUAUGAAAAACAAUUUUUGCUAAUACACCAUUUUGCCAGUGCAAAUAGUUUCUACUUUCAGUCCUCUCUGGAGCAAAACAUCAUAUACUCGGCCACAUUUUAACCUAAGAAGGCCGGAAUAAGGAAUGAGGCCGAUUAAUGCCCCCAGCGGCAGCGAGGACUGCAAAAAUUUGCAUUCAGCAGAAUGGUGUAUUUCUGGGACAUGUCCAUACUCUAUAGACUGGCAACUUGUGUAGAUGAUACUGUACAAGCAACUGAAACUAUAAAAUUUUUCUGUUUAUAUUUUUAUGUAUAGUUGCAUCACCUACACAACCUUGUACCCAGGCUAUUUUCUCUCAUGCUCUGGGUUACGAGGAUGCACCUACACAAGUUUAAAACCUGGAUCAAACGUCCGCAUGUAUUUACUGCAUGCUUGUAUUCAAAAGACUGGAAAUAGUAUUGCCUUCGCAAAGCUCUAGCAAAAAGUUUAAAGAAAAGGACGAGAGUGUAAACUCAGUAUAACUUCUUCUUGCCACAAGAAAAAAGCAGUGAAAUUCCGUUUCCUUUCCCAUACAUUUAUUCCUAUUAUUUUGGCAGACAUUUUACUCGUCAUUUCUGUUUUACGUUCGAUCGCUGUUGUUCAUAAGUUCGUGGUUGGUAUUCUUCGUUACCUCCACUGGCACCCAGCGAUAAUCUAUUGCCCGAUUUACACUAUGAAGAGUAAAGGCCCAUUUCCGCUCAAGAAAAAUUUCCACGGACAGAAAUUUUUCCCAAAUUGUCAUUGUUAAAAGUUGAAAAUUUUCAACUUCAAAAUUUUUUCCCUCGGAAAGUUUGUGUCAGCCAAUCAACUUUUACACAAUUUUCUUUCUGCGGAAAAUUUUCAUGAGUGGAAAUGGGCGUUUAGGGUAAGUUUAACCCGGCUAAGUGGAAACACGCCUAAUCCUGAUUCGUAACUUGACAUACCACACCCGAACAGCGUAUAUGUUAUUCGACUGCUUCAUGUUUUUUUUAUGUAUUUGGCUUUUUAGGUUAAACCUGGUAUGGACUUGUCCAAAGUUGUGCUGCCAACAUUUAUCCUUGAACCGAGAUCAUUUCUUGAUAAAUUAUCAGAUUUUUAUUAUCAUGCUGAUAUCCUUUCCAAGUAAGUCUGAUAAUGUUUCUACUGUAUGCACUUUGACGUUACAAGCAGCAGUGUCAUUCUUUCGAGCAUUUUAAACAGGGGUUGGUUGUACGAAGGCCGGAUAGCGCUAUCCACCGGAUAGUGAUUUUUUCAAGCUUUGUUAAAUCAGUCGUUGAAUGGUAAAACUCGUAUUAAAGUUUAGUAAUAAAUACUAGAACAAAUAGUAGAACAAGUAGAUUGGAAACCUAUAGGUGAUAUAUAUAUAUAUAUAUAUAUAUAUAUAUAUAUAUAUAUAUAUAUAUAUAUAUAUAUAUAUAUAUAUAUAUAUAUAUAUAUAUAUAUAUAUAAAAAGCGUAUCUUGACUUUAAUGCAUGAUGUAUAUUAUAUGAAUGUUCCACAGGAUUUGCAAAACCUAUUCACACGGACUGCGAGAGUAGGAAGACGAAAACAGAAGUUUAAUGUGGUUAGGUGUAAAACCGAAAAAGGAAGGACAUCUUUACGGUACAGAGGUCCUAUAUGGAACCAACUUGAUAAUGACACUAAGGCGAUAGUUAAUAAAAUCACAUUUAAAACUAAAAUUAGGAAUAGUCCAAACUUAGAUAGUAUAAAUUUUCUUAAAGAAGCAGCUGUAAAUAACAACAAGAAUACUAAAGACUUCAAAUAUUUUUAAAUAGGUAUGAUUUUGUAAAUUUUAUAUUACUUUAGUUUCGCAGGUUCACAUCAGCUUUUAGGUGACAUAAGUAUUUAACCUGCAUUAUGAAAUAAAGUUAUAUGUAUGUGGAAUUUAUAAGUUAUACUUCUGCUUGUGUCGUCUAUAUUCGUCGUUUCACAGUUUUUCAAGCAUUUUACAAAGGCUGAAAAAAUCUCUAUCCGGUGGAUAGAUCCUCGUACAACCGGCCCCAGGCCUCGAAAUAACUGCCGGUCAUUGAUAGGUAAAUAUUUCAGUUUGACCAGCAAAUAUAUUAUCGCUUACCGGACAAGCAUGUCCAAUGGAGUUUCACUGAAACUGUGUGGCUCAGAUAUGUUAUGGGAAACAACUGUUUUGUUUGUUACCAUUCAAAUACGAAAUAUUCUUGUGAAUGUACAAAACUUCGUAAUACACGAAUUUUUCUCUUCAACAUUUGUAAUUUUUUCUCGUUAUUCUCGCCAAGAAAGUUACUUCAGAAUAAUUAUCAAAUGCGGCGAAAGCUGACAGGCGAAAGCUGCUGUGACCGAUAAAUUUCAUAACUCACCAGUGAUGAUGAGCGGUAUUUUGAGGCCUCUGGAGAAGAUCACGCAUAAUUCUGAUAUUUUUUGACUGAAUACUGAUGAACUAUGCAACAAAGCUGUAACAAUGAUUUACAUCAUUAAAUCCUUGAUGGGCUAUUAUUGAAGCAAAACUGCACGAAAUUUAAGCCAAAAAUGUUUACUAUAAAGAACUGAGGAGGCACAGAAUAAUUAUCUUGCACCAAUAUUUUGCGAAAUGUCCGCCACUUAGGUCAUGGUGUUCUUUAGGCCAUCUUUUUUAUGAUCAAAUGCGCUUCCAUCUAGUAUUAGACUUACCUGAUUACAUAUUUAGCCUAGACUAUUUUAUCUUUUACAACAAUAGACAAUUCCCAUUAUAGACUAUUUUUUAUCUUGUCAAAAAAAGUAUAUUCCCGGAAAGAGCAUACUAAAAUUAGUAAAAUUGCAAAGUUCGGUUGCGAAAUGUUGUAAAAUGCGGAAAAUAUAGCAUUGCAAAGUUCGCAAAUUUUGUAUACUUUUGUAUUGCGUGCGGAAAUUGCUACCACAUUUGGGCCGAAAAUGGUAGCAAUUUCCGCACGCAAUACUUUUGUAUACAAAAUUUGCAAACUUUGCAAGGCUAUAUUUUCCGCAUUUUACAACAUCUCGCAAGCAAACUUUGCAAUUUUACUCAUUUUAGUAUUCUCUUUCUAGCUGUGGUGAUUUAUUUGCAUCUUCUUGCCUAGUUUUAAAUUAGUCUACAAUGGGAAUUGUCUAUUGUGAUACUACUUUUGUAACUGUGCUUAUCCUAACCCAUCCUGUCAACGUUCUGUGUGGGAGGAAACCGGAGCACCCGGAGAAAACCCACGACUUUGGGCAGAGAGUUGACCGACUCUUUUCACGUGAGAAGGCAACGAGAGAAUCAAACCAUGCACGAUCUCAGAGGUGUAAGACGCUUGCUCUGCCAUCGAAGCCCCUUUCAGGUUUAUCCAAAUGUUUUUCUAAUUUUCUUUCGUAUUUAGGGACCGGUCAUUAUUUAUGGUGGGGGGGUGGCACCGAAGAGAAAUGUUUUUCGUGGCAAAAUUUUUGUUGACCCAACCAUUAAAAAGUAAAAAAUUUGAUUACCCCACCUCAAGUAUCAAUUAAAAAAUAAAUACCCACCCCUGGCCAAAAAUUUUACAAAAAGAUACCAUUCAGUUGUCACACAUGUCCCUUGCCACUUCUGUGACAUGAGUUUGAUAACGGAUUGUGAAUUUUUUUGCAGACUAAAGUUUCAUGUUGUCUGCACAUGUACUUUCUUUGGAGACAUGCACUAUUUGUCUCCCAACAAAUUGAAAAACAGUGAUCAAGAUAGUGACUCUGAUUGAUUCACAUAUUGUAUUGACAUAUGACUGUUGACAUUGCUUUUUAGUCUCCAAUAUUUCAGUGAGUCAUGCUUUGGAAAUGAUUAUUACCCAACCCUUGAGUUGUUUUGUUUUUCAUUUACCCAACCUUUUACUCACUCAGAAUUUUGUUUACCCAACCCUUUUCUCUUCGGUGCCACCCCCUGCCAUAAAUAAUGACCGGUCCCUUAAUAAUCGUUGAUCACCAUUUUUCUUGCAGCGCAGUGAAACAGGAAAGUCCUUAUGACAGAAUGAAGCAAGUUGUGAAAUGGUAUCUUUCUGGAUUUUACAAGAAACCAAAGGUACAUCCACAUUUUAAUGGCCUGUGUGUUUAUAUGAGCCCUGUUGGCCGGGAUAAAUUAUUUCUGUAUUCAUGGGAUAUGGCAAUGAAAAUUUGUCUAAUUUGAAAGAACUUUUAAAAUUAUGGGGGAAACGUUUUACAGCUUCUUCAAAUGUUGUUUAGUAUUUUGACCAAAAUGAUGAUCAUAAAUCAGUGAUCUGCCUGCUAUCUUGGAUUAUUGUGAAUAUGCAUGUUACGUCACAAGCAGGAUCAUGCACGUAUUUAACCCAGAUUAUUAGUUGAAGAGAUGGUAGAUGAAGAUUAUUAGUUGAAGAGAUGGUAGAUGAAGAUUAUUAGUUGAAGAGAUGGUAGAUGAAAAUUUUGAGUGCAGUUUUUGUACAUUUAUUAGAUCUAACCAGGAUCUAACUAUAGGACCUAGAAUACUUUUCUGCACGAAACUCGCGUUAUUUUAUGUCUAUUAAUGAGCUUAAUAGGCAAUUCCAGCUUUUAGUUUAUGCGUGCAGGGGACGAGGGGAAGUACGGUAUCACAUUGCUGAUUAUGCUGAAAAAAAUAAAAAUGGUGUGUAAACACGGAGUGAUAGCUUAUACAUGUAAAUACAGUCGAACCCCUAUAAGCGGACACCUCUCUUAAGCGGACACCUCUUUUAAGCGGACACAUAUCUCAGGUCCCAUUCGUUUUCUUUAAUAAAACACUAUCAUAACCCCUAUUAAGCGGGCACCCCUCUUUAACGGACGCGGACACCUUACUUGAGGUCCCAAUGGGCAAACCAACAUGUCUUAAGCGGACAGAUGACAGAUUGUCUGAUAAAAUGUAUUCAAUAUUCGACAGUAAAUAACAAUUGAGAUCAAUUGACAUGGCACAUUGACAGUGACACGCCAACUUGGCGCGAAGACAUCAGAGCUAAGAUUAUUAAGGAAGUGACGAGCGAGGACGGAGGACUGUGAGCCGCCUGCCAAGGAACUGAAAGAUAUGUGUCGGAUCACUGAUUAUGACAACGAACUGAACAAAAAAGAUGAAUUUGACUGGUCUCUUAACGAACCAGUCAUUAAAUCUUCCUCCGAAGCCCCUAACGUUGUCGAGCGGCUGGCAGAAUUCGCACAAUUUCGAGGUUUGGAAGAACUUUCCAACAUCAUUUUUAUGUAAAUGACAUUAUAAUGGGCUAUCGUCUGCGUGAGCCUCGAAAGCAAAUUUAUAUCGAUUCCUUUUUUAUAUGACUGUGAGAGACGUAUACAUUUUCUAAUGAACUUUUAUGCACAAAGAAUUUUUCAUUUCAUGCUAAUUAUUUGCUAGAUAUUUCUUACUGUUUUGAUACUCAAAUUACACACCUAAUUACACACCUUUGCCUCCUGCUGUGUUUUUCUAUAUACCCCUUUUAAGCGGACACCCCUUUUAAGCGGACACUUAGGCGAGGUCCCAAAGGUGUCCGCUUAAUAGGGGUUCGACUGUAUUGAAAUAUUUCGGUCGCUUCGGUAGUUUUUGUUGAAUUUUUUCAGCAUAAUCAGCAAUAUGAUACCUUACUUCCCAUCAUCCCCUGCAGGCAUAAACUAAAAGCUGGAAUUGCGUAUUAAGCAAGCGACGUUUUCCUCAACACGGACGUCACCCGAAAAAAUAUUUUUGGCGGCAUUUUGCAUCGUAGCGCUCGUGUAAGGAAGUAAAAAACUUUAAGAAUCUUAUGUUUUGUCAUAUGUGUCGAGGAUUACUACAAACUGACACAAACACAGCUUUUAAUACAGUCCCCUCUACAGCAACGUCGGUUGCUUAAGGUACGUUUGCACACUGCGAGUUGUCGCGUAGGAUGCGUAUUCCGGCGUAUGUAAUUGAAUAAGCACGGGUAAAAUAGUUGCAUUUCAAAUUUUGCUGGGAACUAAACGAGGAGGAAUUGUGGCGUCAGCAGUAAUUUUCAUACGCCAGAAUACGACAAAUCAAGAAUACGACAAUUAAGCUCCCUAUUCAUGCAUAUCGUUUAUCUAUGUGCUGUAGAAAGCAUCCUAACUAACAACAAACACUUUUCUACGCAGGGUUUGAAGAAGCCGUACAACCCGAUCAUUGGUGAGAGAUUUCGAUGUUACUGGAAACACCAGGAGACUGGAACUAGAACAUUCUUCGUGGCGGAACAGCUAUCCCAUCAUCCUCCGAUAUCUGGGUUUUAUGUCGCUAAUAGACAGGAUGGUUUUGUCGUCAAUGGUUGUAUUUUAGCCAAAUCCAAAUUUUACGGUAAGUGGUGAGGAUAUUUAUUUUUCUCCAUAUUGUAAUAGGAAAGUAUGCACCGGAAUCGCAGCUUCGUUUCCUACCAGAGGACCUAUAGUUGCAUUUUUCGCAACUGCUCCUCGUUAGGUCUACUAAAUGUAUAAAAUUUACACUCAAAAUUUCCAUCUACAAAAUCCUUCCCCCCCCCCCUCCCCGCCCCUCACUUCUGUUUCGCUAGCUACGCCACUGCCUGAGAAAUGGUGUUCAGACAGUUAUCACUUAUUUACUGAGACCGAGGGAAACAGUGUGUUUUGUGGACCCGAGACCGUCGAUAUUUCCGGAGACGAAGCCGAGGGAAACAUCGACGGUCGAGGGUCCACAAAACACACUGCUUUCCCGAGGUCUCAGUAAAUAAGUGUUUUAUUAUAUAUCAAUAGUCAAAGAAACAACAAAUUAAAGAACAAACGAACGUAAAUACAUGAAAUAUUUUAUGGUUAAAACGUUAUAUUAAACACUGGCUACACUGCAGUUACUUAAAGCGAAAGUUUUAAUUACGUACUAGGCAUGUCCAAAGGUCGCAUCUUCACGUGAUGGCGCACGUGCUUUUUGUUGUUAUUCGCCGGUCGAUAACGUAUUUUAUUAUACAUUUAAUAUGUAUUCUCGUUUCUAAUUGGUCAGAAAGCACCGGCUAAUUUUCAGUAUUCGGCAUUUAUUACGUAUUUUCCGCCGAUGACGUCAUCAGCGUCCAAUAAUUGUUUUUUUGGAUCGAACUUGCAUCCAAAAAAAAAUUAUUGGACUCUCUCGUGCCCAAACCCUUGCGCGGCCAAAAGCUUGAACCUAUAAGCGCGCGAAAAAAACAAAAAACAAACAAUUGCCUACAGCAGAUUUGCUUCGCUGAAUGAAAGUGAACUCUCCAAAUUAUUGGCAGAUAAGGAGAGUGAAAGCACGAAAAAAGCCACAAAGGGGUAAAUAGAAGUAAAAAUAGAAUAUUUAGCUGACCUUUGACUUUGUGCAAUGUGUUUGAUAUUCAAAUUGUACUUUUCCUACCUCAUGAACAGGAAUCGUUUUAUACGUUUCUCAUGUCUUUAAAUGUAUAAUAAAACAAUUAUUGGAUUCGGCUUUCGCAUGAUAUCAAGAAUUAUUCAGACCUCGGUCUAUGUUAUCCGCCUCAGCUUCGCUUCGGCAGAUAACAUUGACCUCGGUCUGAAUAAUUCUUGAUAUCAUGCUCAGCCUCAUCCAAUAAUUGCUUAAUCUCACGUGAUAUGCUCUCAACCAAUAAAACACCAGAAAAAUGCGACUUUGACUAUUGAUAUAUAAUAAUAAUGCUUAUUGAAUGCGGACUUAUUUAUGUUGUUAGUAAUUUGUUUUAUAUUUGUCAUAAGGAAACUCAACGUCAGCCAUAAUGGAUGGUUUAGCCACAUUGACAUUAUUACCGCAUGGUGAAGAUUACGUCAUCUCCAUGCCGUAUGCUCAUUGUAAAGGUGAGUGUCUGGUAAAUAAAACACACAAUGUUGACCUCUUGUGAUACAAUUUAAAUUAUAAUUAUACUGUACUUAAAGCCGUAAUACAUAGCAGUCACAUUGUAGUUAAAGACCCCGUGGUGGCGCCGCAACUUUUCCCGUAAGCAAUGGAAAACAUCCCAAGCAAUCUAGCCUGCAAAGCAUGCGUUUUAUUUGCGGGAGUUCUAUUUACCACCGACAGAAUACGCUUGCCCAGUUUUCCAAAAUCAUCUGCCUACCUACUUACCAGAUGAUCUCCAGAAGCUGCAAAAACGAGCGCUUCGUAUUGUUAAUCCUCGAAUUUGGCGGGCUUUCUUCAGUUUCUGAUAUUGAAUUAGCGACCGCGCCUAAAUGUCAGAACCAACUGUUGCUAUCAAUAUUUUUGCGUGGCGUGAAUGGGUAUCACGUAAAACUGCUGUAACAAAAUAAAGGAUUGAUGAGUGUUUCAACUAUAUUUUCACUUUAAUAGAAUACAUGAGAGUGUCGGGAAAGUAUUAAGAACAGCUAACCAAGGGCUUAAAGUCUCGGUCAAACGAGGCUGAGAGUUGAUGAGGAGUUGCAGCUCUCGCUCGCUUUUGACCGCCAACUGUCAUCGACUUUCAUGCACUUUCAUCAACUUUGAACCGGUUCAAAUUUUGAUGAGAGUUGUGUGUUUUCGCUACGCGCGCGUUAAAAUCCAGUCAACUCUCAUCAACUGUCAUGCAACUCUUGUUCUCGUUUGACCGAGGCAUGAGUGUUGAGAAAACUCUCGCUUCUCAACUCUCAUCAACUGUCAUGCAACUCUUGUUCUCGUUUGACCGAGGCAUGAGUGUUGAGAAAACUCUCGCCUCUUAACUCUCAUUCUCGAUAUUUUCUGUGCUGGUGUAAUGUACUCAGGUGACUAAGAUGUUUGUAUGAUGUUACUCUGAGUGUAUAUCCGCACCAGGCAGGCUUGAAAAAUAUGCCUGGCCACGGUGGGAAUCGAACCUACGACCUUUGGAAUACUCUCAUUCUCGUUUGAUCCGGGCUUAAGUUGUAGAAAUACUAGGAAUUACGAUCGCAGGGAAUGUGCUGCUUCAAACAUACACGUUCCGCUCCACAGCGGGGUAGUCAAAGGCAGACGUGUUCCUCGGCAGUAUGUUUUUAAUAUGAUGAUUGUUGGAUCAAUAUUGGUGAAUACGUUACCGAUCCUUCUGCGGAUUAAGGAAAUUAGGUAUAUUGAUGUGUUACUGCUGUAUAGCCUGGUUUCCAUAUGAUCGUAAUGGUUGUAAAAAUAGAGUCAGCGGUCAGUUUAUAAUAAUUUAUACCUGUAAACCACAUAUAAAUCAUAAGUAUUCUCUAGUUAUAACCACUACAUGUAUUUUCAGUUCUAAAAUGUUGUAUUUCGGCUGAUGAGAAAGAUCGUGACUCAAUCUUUACGACCGUUACGACGAUAUGGAAACCAGGCUGUUGAUAUACUAGAUUAACUAUUGCAAAGAAGGAAUUACCUCAAACAUGCACUCCCGUCCUUGCUUGAUUCAGGCUUUGUAUUAGGUAAUUGUUUACUUCACUUUCCCAGGUCUACUUAUCGGUACCCUCACGAUGGAAUAUGGUGGAACGGUGAAAAUAGAAUGCGAGAAGACUGGUUACCAUACUGAAAUCGAGUUUAAGUUGAAGGUAAA